AUGUUCAAAGCCGCUGUUGUCAUCCUUGCCAUCGUUGCCUGCGUUGCUGCCAAGCCGGGACUCCUGGGUGCUUCUCUGGCCUACACUGCUCCCCUGGCCUACUCUGCUCCCGCUGCAGUGGUCGCUGCUCCUGCUCCAGUCGUGACCGCCACCAGCAGCCAGGUGAUCGCCAGGAACUACAAUGGAAUCGCCGCUGCUUCAGUGAUUGCUCCCGUGGCUGCUCCAGUGGUCGCCAAGUACGCAGCUGCUCCUCUGGCUUAUUCCUCCCCUUUGGCCUACACUUCUUCACUGGCCUAUAGUGCGUUUCCGGCUGCCGCUCCAGUUCUGCUGUAA